UUAAUUUCUUUGUGAAAAUACAGAGAAAGCAUACUAGGAUUCUGAAAUCUUACAGUAAUAUUUUCAGAUAUUACUCUAAAGGAUGAACCGUUUCCUUCAGCUUAAAAUAUUAAGCCAGCAUUGCUUCAGCUUGCUUUGCAAGGCUUAACUAUAUCUGCAGUUAUGUAACUUUCAGUUAUGUGAUAUUUCAUGGGCAUCUAUUUAAACAUACAACUAUUAUUUUUAGUUGAAAUAUAGACUAUAUAAAGACUUAAAAGAUGUGGGAUCAAGGUGGACAACCUUGGCAGCAAUGGCCUUUGAACCAACAGCAGUGGAUGCAGUCAUUUCAGCACCAGCAAGAUCCAAGCCAGAUUGACUGGGCUGCAUUAGCUCAAGCAUGGAUUGCUCAGCGAGAAGCCUCAGGGCAACAGAGUGUAGUGGAACAACAAGGAAUGAUGCCAAACGGACAGGAUAUUUCAGGAAUAGAGUCUGGUCCAAACAACCAUAAUAAUUUUCAGGGGGAUCCCAACUUCAACAGAAUGUGGCAGCCAGAAUGGGGAAUGCCUCACCAACCCCCUCACCCACCUCCAGAUCAGCAGUGGAUGGCUCCAACCCCAGGUCAAAUGGAAGUUGUUCCUCCAUCUGAAGACAGCAACAGUCAGGACAGUGGGGAAUUUGCUCCUGACAACAGGCAUAUAUUUAACCAGAACAAUCACAACUUUGGGGGACCUCCCGAUAACUUUGCAAUGGGGCCAGUGAACCAGUUUGACUAUCAGCAUGGGGCUGCUUUUGGUCCACCUCAAGGUGGAUUUCAUCCACCUUAUUGGCAGCCAGGACCACCAGGGCCGCCAGGUCCACCAGCACCUCCUGCACCUCCUCAAAAUCGAAGGGAAAGACCCUCAUUCAGAGACCGACAGCGUUCACCUAUUGCGAUGCCUGUGAAGCAGGAGCCUCCACAGAUUGAUGCUGUGAAGCGUAGAACUUUGCCUGCUUGGAUUCGUGAGGGCCUGGAAAAGAUGGAACGAGAAAAACAGAAAAAAUUGGAAAAAGAAAGGAUGGAACAGCAACGUUCACAGAUGUCUAAAAAGGAAAAAAAGGAAAGUGAGGAGGCUGAAGAAGGAGAUGGCCCACGGUUACCUCAGAAAAGUAAAUUUGACAGUGAUGAGGAAGAUGAAGAUGCUGAAAACACAGAAGCUGUAAGCGUUGGGAAAAUCAGCAGGAGUCCAUCUCCCGCUCCUCAGGAGGAGCAAAGUGAACCAGAAAUGACAGAAGAAGAAAAGGAGUAUCAAAUGAUGAUGCUGACAAAAAUGCUGCUGACAGAGAUUCUCUUAGAUGUCACAAAUGAAGAAAUUUAUUACGUGGCCAAAGAUGUUCACCGUAAAGCAACUAAAGCUCCUGCAAAACAGCUGGCACAGUCCAGUGCACUGGCUUCCCUCACUGGACUCGGUGGACUGGGUGGUUAUGGAUCAGGAGACAGUGAAGAUGAGAGGAGUGACAGAGGCUCUGAAUCAUCUGAUACUGAUGAUGAGGAAUUACGACACAGAAUCAGGCAAAAACAGGAAGCAUUUUGGAGAAAAGAGAGAGAACAGCAACUACUACUAGAAAAACAGCUAGAAGAAGAAAAGCUACAAAAUGAAAAAGUUUCAAAGGAGAUGAAUGAAUUUAUCAACAGAGAACAAAACAGUAACUCAGCAUCACAGGAGGCAAAAGAAAUUGAAGCAGAUAUGGUUCAUGAAAAGAAAAGAUCUCCAAAUGCAAUCGCACCUGAUACAGAACUCAAAAAAGAGGGUAAAGAGAGGACAGGAAGGAGCGGGUCAAGAAGCUCUAGCAGUGGUAGCACUAGCAGCAAUAGCAGAAGCAGUAGCAGUAGCAGCACCGUAUCUAGUUCAUCCUAUAGCACUAGCUCAGGUAGUAGUCGCAGCUCUUCGCGUUCUUCCUCUCCUAAGAGGAAGAAGAGACACAGUCGCAGCAGGACGCCCUCACAUAAGGUUAGGCGCAGCAGAAGCAGGAGUUACUCCCACCGAAACAGGAGAGAGAGGAGUAGGAGCAGGGAGAAAAUAAGGGAGAGGAGAAGAUCUAGUAGAAAUCGCAGUGCUGAAAGAGGGGAGAGGCGAAGAAAUCGGAGUCCUUCUCGAGAGAGAAGCUGGGAUAGGCGCAGAAGCAGUAGCCGUUCAAGAGACAGGCGAGCUAACCGUGCGAGCCGCAGCAGAAGCAGGGAUAGGCGUAAAACUGAAGACCAGCGUAGAAGCCCUACUGGAAAUAGGCACAAACAUAAAAGCGAGGGUAAAGAUCAAGAAAGGAAGAAGGAGCAGGGAGGAGGUGUAGAUAAAGACAGGAAAAAGAACAGAGAAAGGGACAGAGACCAGGAGAAAAGGAAAGAUAAGCCCAAAAAAGAGGAAAAAGAAAGUAAGGCUGGCAAUCAUGACGACAGUAGAUUAAAGAGAAAAAGAGACAGCGAAAGAACUUUCUCUCGCAGUGAUUCAAUAUGUGUGAAAAUAAUAAGACAGGAUUCCAGACAAGAAAGCAAAAAAAUCACUACCAAAGAUAGCAAAAAACGGUCAGGCUCCGAAUCUAGUGCAAGGAGUAGUUCUGAAUCACCCGGAAGCAGUAAAGAAAAGAAGGCUAAGAAAUCGAAGCAUAUUCGGUCAUGCUCCAUGGAGAAAUCUCAAAGGUCUGGUAAGAAGGCAAGCCGCAAACACAAGUCUAAGUCACGAUCAAGGUAGUAUACUUUUUAAGUAUUUUGUCUGACUUUUUUUUUUUUAUUAUUUUUUGAUACUCGUCUUCAUGUGUACGGCAUAUGAACUUUUUUUUAAUAAAGUAUGGUAUUUAUUAAAUUUUUUGUCUUAGGCAAAAGUAACUUUGGAAAGUAUUUUAAAACUAUUAAUUACUAAGCCUAAAGUGUGUGUGGGUGUGGGGGCCUUUUAUUUUUUCCAAUUAACUUUUCCCCCCUUUUCCUUUAUUUUUCAGAUCAACAACUCCUCUUCGUCGUAAACGCUGAGGAAUUUAUGGCACCAGUGCUAUGACGUUUAAAAAUUCCAUGAGUUAUAAAAGGCUUGUCUCAUUAUAGAGGCACAUUGUGGCUAUGUAGGUGAAACCAGAAUCCUUUUUUUAUCUGUAAAUAGGUGUAUUUUUUCCAAAUGCUGCUCAGAAUUAAAUACCUAAUAGGAUUUCUUUGUAUUACAUUUUUUUCAAGAACGGUAGUGCUUAUUGAGAAUAUAAACCAGGCCAUUCUCUUUCAGCUGUAAUGUUCUUAAAAUUACUAUUGAAUGUACUGUGAUGUCAAUAAAGCUCUUUAGUUCAUUUUUUGUUUAAA